AUGUUUGGAGAUUUGAUCACACGAUGCCUCUUGAUGGUUUUUGGGUAUGCAUAUCCAGCAUUUGAAUGUUACAAAACAUUAGAGAAGAGUAGUCGAAGUCUUGAUGUUGAAUCACUACGUUUUUGGUGCAAAUAUUGGAUUCUUGUGGCUAUUUUUACAUUUUUUGAAAGGAUUGCUGAUGUUUUAAUAGCUUGGCUCCCUUUGUAUGGUGAAAUGAAGCUGGUUUUUCUUGUCUACUUAUGGCAUCCCAAAACCAAGGGAAGUGGGCAUGUGUAUGGAACAAUGUUGCAGCCAUAUUUGGUGAAGAAUGAAGCAGAAAUAGAAAGAAUGAUGGUGGAAAUGAAAGUGAGAGCUUGGGAUUUGAGUUAUCUAUUUUGGACAAACUUUUCAGAAAUGGCACAUUCUGGCUUCCUUAAAGUCCUCAAAUGUGCUGCUGAUUUCCAAUCUACUAAGUUUAAGAACUCACCCUUCCAACUUCAGAGAAACGAUCAGCAACAGCAACCGCCGAUAACGUCACCACCGCCACCGAACAAAUUGCCGUCGUUUUCCGCCCGAUCCGCCGAUCAGACAAACGAUUCUCCGAGAGCCGCACCGCAGUUCAUCGUCGGAAUCAGCCGCGUCGAUUCGGAGACGGCGGAAGUAGAUGACGGCCAAUCCUCGGACUUCUGCGAGACAGAGAGUUUUGUUAAUGAAGAAGAUAAACCUGCAUCUCCUUAUCCUCCAGGGGCUCGAGCUCGCUUAAGGCGAAUUAAACCACAAUCAUAGAGGUUUGUAAUUGUGAGAAAGC